UGUGGCUCUUCGGGAUCCGGAGAAAGUUCGCCCCGCGGUCACUUCGCUUUCUUCAGCAGUGCUAUUGAACAAGUAUGGCAGACUCCCAGGAGGACAAGCUUUACAAAGCGGAAUAUGCCAAAAGCGGCCGCGCGUCGUGCAAGAAAUGCAAGGAAAACAUAGCGAAAGACUCGCUGAGAAUGGCCAUCAUGGUGCAGUCACCCAUGUUCGAUGGGAAGGUCCCCCACUGGCACCACUUCUCUUGCUUCUGGCAGCGAGCAGCAGCUCAGUCCACUGCUGACAUUGGUGGGUAUUCUGACCUCCGCUGGGAGGACCAGGAGAAGGUCAAAAAGGCCAUUGAAAGUGGUGGAGCGGCAGGAGGAAAAGGAGAACAGAAGAGUGGAGCUAAAGGAGAGAAGACACUGAAUGACUUUGCAGUUGAAUAUGCCAAGUCAAACCGCAGCACAUGCAAAGGCUGUGAGCAGAAAAUAGAAAAGGAUCAGAUCCGUGUAUCCAAGAAAACUGUGGACCCAGAGAAACCCCAGCUGGGUCUGAUUGAUCGCUGGUACCACACUGCCUGUUUCGUAAGCCGUAGGGAGGAACUGGUCUUCAAGCCUGAAUACAGCGCCGCCCAGCUGAAGGGUUUCAACGCACUACGGGCAGAAGACAAGGAGGAACUUAAGAAGAGGCUCCCUGCUGUCAAAACUGAAGGGAAGCGUAAAGCGGAUGAGGUGGAUGGAGUAUCAAAGAAACAGAAGAAGGAGGAAGAGGACGAGAAGAAGAAGCUGGAGGAGCAGCUGAAGAACCAAAGCCAGCUGAUUUGGGGAAUUAAGGACAAGCUGAAGAAGUUUUGUUCAACCAAUGAUAUGAAGGAGCUGCUGAUUGCGAAUGAUCAGGAGGUUCCCUCAGGAGAGUCCAAUGUGGUGGACUCCCUGGCUGACGGCAUGGCUUUUGGUGCUCUUGAGGCAUGCAAGGAGUGCCAAGGCCAGCUGGUGUUCAAGGGUGAUGCUUAUUACUGUACAGGGGACAUCUCAGCCUGGACAAAGUGCGUGUUCAAAACCGCAACACCCAUUCGCAAAGACUGGGUCAUCCCCAAGGAAUUCCAUGAAGUUCCUUUCCUGAAAAAAUUCAAGUUCAAGCGAAAGGACAGGGUUUACCCGAAGGAGGCUCCCCCCCAAACCCUUACUGCAGCCAAAGCAGAACCAUUGGCGAGUGCGUCCAGUGCCCCGACUGAGCGACUGCCAGAGGGAGCGCCUGCAGACAAACCUCUUACUGGUAUGAAACUGUUGGGUGUGGGCAAGCUGAGCAAAAACAAGGAUGAUCUCAAGGCUGCUGUCGAGGAGCUGGGCGGGAAGAUUACCGGCACAGCCAAUAAGGCCUCCCUCUGCCUCAGCACUAAGAAGGAAGUGGAGAAGAUGAGUAAGAAAAUGGAGGAAGUGAGAGACGCCGGCGUGCGCGUGGUGUCUGAGGAUUUCCUCACAGACAUCAAGUCGUCAGGUAAAGCCCUCCAGGAGCUGGUCUCCCUGCACGCCAUCUCGCCCUGGGGUGCAGAGGUCAAAGUCGAGGCUCAAGCUCCGUCUGUGGCCUCCAAGUCUGGAACGCUGGCUACCAAGAGCACUGGCAGGGUGAAGGAGGAGGAAGGCGGUAGCAAAACCAAGAAGAUGAAACUCACCGUGAAAGGAGGCGCUGCUGUGGAUCCAGAUUCAGGUCUGGAGAACAGCGCUCAUGUCCUGGAGCAGAGUGGGAAGAUGUACAGCGCCACGCUGGGUCUUGUGGAUAUUGUCAGAGGAACGAACUCCUACUAUAAACUGCAGCUGCUGGAGGAUGAUGUACAGAAGCGGUACUGGGUGUUCAGGUCAUGGGGCAGAGUGGGGACCACCAUCGGAGGAAACAAACUGGACAAGUUUCAUGACAAGAACUCUGCCAUGGACAACUUCCUGGGUGUGUACAAAGAGAAGACGGGCAACAACUGGGGCUCCUCCAACUUCACCAAAUAUCCCAAUAAGUUCUACCCCCUGGAGAUUGACUAUGGACAGGAUGAGGAAGCGGUGAAGAAGCUAACAGCCACUGCUGGCACCAAGUCUAAGCUGGCCAAGCCCAUCCAGGAGCUGAUCAAGACGAUCUUUGACGUGGAGAGCAUGAAAAAGGCCAUGGUGGAGUUUGAGAUCGACCUCCAGAAGAUGCCUCUCGGAAAGCUGAGCAAGAGGCAGAUCCAGAGUGCCUACGCUCUCCUCACUGAAGUACAGCAGGCCGUGUCAGAUUGUCUUCCUGAGUCCCAGAUACUGGAUCUCUCCAAUCGCUUCUACACCCUGAUCCCUCAUGACUUUGGAAUGAAGAAGCCUCCACUGCUGAGCAACCUGGACUACAUUCAAGCUAAAGUUCAGAUGCUGGACAACCUGUUGGACAUUGAGGUGGCAUACAGCCUGCUGAGAGGAGGGGCCCAGGACAAUGAGAGUGACCCCAUCGACAUUAACUAUGAGAAACUCAAAACCAAGAUCGAGGUUGUUGACAAGACUACGAGUGAGGCUGAGAUCAUUAUGCAGUAUGUUAAGAACACCCACGCUGCUACGCACAACACUUAUACACUGGAAGUGCAAGAAAUCUUCAAAAUUGCUCGAGAGGGAGAGCGCCAGCGGUACCGUCCAUUCGAGGAGCUACACAAUCGCCAGCUGCUGUGGCACGGUUCUCGCACCACCAACUACGCUGGUAUCUUGUCUCAGGGUCUUCGCAUUGCCCCUCCUGAGGCCCCGGUGACUGGUUACAUGUUUGGCAAAGGUGUGUACUUUGCUGACAUGGUGUCCAAGAGUGCAAACUACUGUCACACCUCCCAGUCAGACCCUGUAGGCCUCCUUCUGCUGGGUGAGGUUGCCCUUGGCAACAUGCAUGAAUUGAAGAAGGCCUCGCACAUUACAAAAUUGCCUAAGGGCAAACACAGUGUUAAAGGUUUGGGUAGAACUGCUCCCGAUCCAAGUGCUGCUGUCACUUUAGAUGGGGUGCAAGUGCCCCUGGGAAAAGGAGCCCACACGAACAUUGAGGACACAAGUCUACUGUACAACGAGUACAUCGUGUACGAUGUAGCACAGAUUAACCUGAAGUAUCUCCUGAAGAUCAAGUUUAACUACCAGACCUCCCUGUGGUGAGAGAGACUGUCUCCGAACCCUCUUCAGUGAAAACAAAAACCACUGUUGCCUCCAAACGCCUGGGCUCCGCUCUCUGCAACAGAAGAUGUUUGGCAAAGGAGCAAUGCUAUACCACACUUUACAAUGGUUAUUGAAAAUCUCUAGUCACUUUAUUGCUUUUUCAUCAGGUUAACUAGCUGGCAGCCUUCCUUAAUAAUACAUUAGGUACUUAAAUACCUACUUCAGAGUCGCUCAUAAGACAGACACAGGUCAAUAUAGUGGUUGAUAAAGAUAAAACUGAAUUGAAGCACGGUGCAUAUUACAUAGAAAAGGGUUUGAGUUAUUCAUCUUCAUUCUUCAACAAGCCUGUAGUUGAUGAGGCAUAGUAAUGCAAAUCUAGAAGGAGUUUUGAGUUGUGACCAACCCAUCUGCAGACAUACUCAAACCAAUGUUUACAUUUUGCUAGGGUUCCCCGUUAAAAUAGCCUCUAAGAUGAACGUUUUGUAGACUGUUGACUUCAACGAUACUGUACAAGGUUUGACAUGUAUAUAUUUGUUUUGUUGUUUGUCUCUCAAGCCGUCUUCCUUGCCCAAAACGAAAAAAAACAAACAAUGUGGUCAGUCUUGACACAAAGUAUUCUGUGAAAGAAACAACUGCCAUGGUAUGUGGCAAACUUUUUCCUAGUGUUUUUCUUGCUUACCUCAAACAAAAUAAAACAUUAAAAAAUCUCAAAAUUUCAUGCCUGUAUUUUUGAAUGUUUUUCUUUCUUGUGCUGCGUGUUUGAUCCAGUUUCAGUUCUA